UCGUAUUCCUUGGCGUAAGAACGUGUUUUUCGAUCUCUUUCUCCUUUUUUAGAAUAACCUUUCAUCUUCCCAGAACUGGAAAUCCAGACGAAAUGACGGAAAUUACGUUUCUCGUUUGAUUGUAAAACCCAAGAAAUAUGAAAACCAUCUGAAGAAACCUUGCAAGACGAGAGAGAGUGAGCAGGGUAUUAGUUUAUCUGUCAGCUGGAGAACUAUCACACUCUCUCACGCGGUGUGGUAUAAACAACACCAUCCACGCUGACUCCCGGGGCGCGCUCUCGUGUCCGUGUGCUGCCCUUCUGAAACCUAAUAUUUGUAAAUGCACGAGUGUUACAAGCAAGCCAAGCUGUUUUCUGUUUAUUUUGGCGACGGUCUACAUCUCUUCUGUGAUCUAAAAUACAUAUAUGUGUGCGUGUGUGUAGCAAGACGUACAGACAGAAUCUGUAUAUCAACUGACUGAUUACCAUACAGAGAAAACAAGAAAAAGAGAAUAUUUGAACAUCAUAAGACAUUCACAUUCGCCAUGAACGCGUGUAAGCUCUUCGUGGUACUUUUGUGCGCGGGCAACUUCCAUGGAAUCACAGGUGAGGAUCUGAGGAAGUCACACCCCUUCUUCAGCGCCUCCGUGGCCGCUCCCCCCGUCCCCAGAGCUGAGAGAGAAGACAGGUCGCCCUUGCUCAGAUCGAAGCCCCUCCCUCCGCCAUACCUCCUGAACCACGCUGACGGCGGGAGCGAAAUCAAGCCCGGGCCGGAGCCGCCCUUAGGCCUCUCCUCCGCGAGGCACAAGUCGACCUUCAACGACCUCAGCGUCUCGGAGGAGCAGAUGCCUCCGGCGGCCGACCCAAACCGACGGCCGUCCUCGCUAGCGGCCUCUCACAAGGGAGGGCACGACGACUGCGAAGAUUCGUCCUCGCUCGCGCCCGCCAGCAUCGCUCCCGUGCCGCUCCCGGGCCCGAGGACCUGCCGGAGCACGGCGACGGCGAAGGACGGCAAGGGGCGCCUGCCUGAGGUGUGCGACAAGUGCCCGAGGACGGAGGCCAAUCUGAAUGCCCUCGACCCGUGCAUGUGUGUGGGAAACAACGGUUCAAGUGCGGGUAUGAUCAGCAUCACGUGUCCGACCUCCAUGGCAACACUGGAUCAACUAGAAAGUAUUCUAACUACGCCUAAUUAUAUUACCUACGAUGUCUUCAGAUUUACCCUAAAAGGCUCGAACGUGUCCGGCGUGCUAACCCAAGACACGUGGGGUAACCUGACGUUCCAUCAGGUGGUCAUCGAAGGGAACCAGAUCACGCAAGUCGACAAUAAGGCUUUCGCUAAAUCGGCCGAGACGCUUACUUUCCUCAGUCUUUUUAACAACCAGAUCGACUACUACGUGACGAGCAGCCAUAACGACCUGCCCAAACUGCGGACUUUGGUGCUCAAGCAGAACAAGAUCACAGUCAUCUUCGCCAGCGCCUUCAGCUACGCCUCUCUCAGGGAACUUGAUCUUUCGCACAACGAGAUCGCCACCAUCGGCAAAGAAGCUUUCGCAGACCUUGAUAAACUCGAGACGCUCUCCCUCUCCUACAAUAAACUGACUAAAUUGGAAAAUGAUUGGUUUAAGUUCCACAAUCACCAUCCGGACACGAGUUUCCUGCAGAUCGAUCUCUCGCACAACUCUAUUGACUUCAUAGAGGAGCACGCAUUCCCCGACCUGUGCAAUGUUCAGAUCGACCUCCGGUACAACCAGUUGACUACCCUCUCCGAAGCAGUGUUCCGUCCUAUCAUCAUCGCCAGCUCCUAUUUUGCCCAGUUUUUAUUCGAAGGCAACCCUAUAGUGUGUGACUGCAGCAUCCUGUGGGUAGUCGAAGAUGCUUUCAUUCCAACCCGCUUUGAUAACUUUAUCUGUCCCAAUCUCAACUUACCUCUGUGGAUCGUGAAGCCGGGGGAUUUAGGCAACUGCUCUCGAAUCUAGAUAGGUAGUAAAUCGUCUCCUGAAACAUGUUAAUGAGAAGUAAAGCAUUUUGAAUUUACUGGAUAUGUAUAUGUAACAUACAACGUGAAUUUUCGAAUGUAUCAUGAUUAGAUAUAACUUUCUGAUAAUAGUAUGAUAACUCGUACCGGUCGCUACAUCCAGAUAAAAUCAGUGUAUUCAAGGAAUCUGAUGUGGCAGUGGGCUUUAUCUUCUUUGCAAACUGUGCUGAUUUUUGACAGUUAAUAUGAUUAUUCAUAGUUAUGAAUUUUGAUUAGCGCGAUUAAAUACAAUUUUAUGUAAGUCAUGUAAUAAUGUCAUUAACACUGUGUUGUUAUGAUAUCAGCUAUUAAAUAGUUAAUACCUCUUUUAUCACACACACACACACACACACACACACACACAUACAUACAUACAUACAUACAUACAUACAUACAUACAUACAUACAUACAUACAUA